UAUCUGUCCGACGCGGCUCAGUCUGUGUUCUGGCGUCUUUGCGUUCGCAUGUUAUUAUUUAUCGCGGAAAGCGCGGGAAAUUCUAUUUCGAGUGAUACUUUGGAUUACUAUUCCAUUAAGUUCUUAGUUAUAAAAUUAUUUAGAAAGUUUUGUAGCAGUUUUUUUGAUAUCUUGGCGUUGAUGGAGCUAUCAAGUCAUAAGCAAGUACCACAAUGAAUACAAUUGGCACGCAUGAGUAGCUAAUAGAACUGAAACAAACAGUAUGAACGUCUCUCACUUUGUUUGCUCAAAUACACCGAUCUGUCUCAGUUGGCUGCUUAAACAUGCCAACAUCAACCGCCUCACACUGAUGCCAAGUUAAGAAACCGAUAAAUUAUGCCGACCGAAUGGAGUACCAACGAAUCGUUAUAUAGCAACUACAGUCAAAAUGAGAACAUUACAGUCCCGCCAGACCCGAUCGAGGACAAAGCUAUUCAAGCCGCUUUUUGCACAGCCUACACAAUUAUAUUCACAGUUGGCAUCUUUGGUAAUGCCCUCGUUUGCUACGCAGUCAUCCGGAACAGAGCCAUGCAAACUGUCACUAAUCUUUUCAUCACUAACUUAGCGCUAUCUGAUAUAUUACUAUGCGUGUUUGCAGUACCCUUCACUCCCCUUUAUACGUUUCUAGGCAGGUGGGUGUUUGGUGGUCCCCUCUGCCACAUCAUGCCUUACGCCCAAGGCUGCAGCGUUUACAUUUCCACGUUAACACUCACAUCUAUAGCCAUUGACAGGUUUUUCGUAAUAAUUUAUCCUUUCAAACCCCGGAUGAAGAUAAAGACAUGUAUUGGACUCAUUAUAUUUAUAUGGGUUUUCGCUCUAUCGGUAACCUUUCCUUAUGGCUAUUAUAUGACCCUACAAGACAUUUUCUGCGCAGAAAAAUGGCCAUCGGAUCAAAUCCGGAAAGCCUUCGGCGCGGUAACGACUAUCAUGCAAUUCGUGAUACCAUUUAUAGUAAUGGCUUUCUGUUAUACGUGUGUUAGUAUAAAAUUGAAUGAUAGAUUGAAAUCGAGGCCCGGAAGUAAGAAUAGUAAAAAAGAAGACGCCGAGAGAGAAAGAAAAAGACGAACAAACAGAAUGUUGAUUGCUAUGGUUGCUAUUUUCGGCCUCUCCUGGCUCCCGUUAAAUUUAAUUAAUAUAAGUAGUGAUUUUUACUCGUUCGCCGAAGACUGGAAGUAUUAUAUGGUACUGUUCUUCGUAGCGCAUUUCAUAGCCAUGUCCUCUACAUGUUACAAUCCGUUUCUGUAUGCAUGGUUGAACGAGAACUUUCGUAAGGAGUUCAAGCAAAUUCUGCCCUGUCUCGGUGCGUUAGUGACGAAGUCUAAAAGGAAUUUUAAUCAAUCCGAUAGAACAGGAAUGUAUAGGUCGGAGAAAACUUGUAACGGAAAUGAAACCGUUCAAGAAUCGCUGUUGACUUCAACCGUAAAUAAGAUGCCUUCUGUUAGAUAUAGGAUAGAAUUAAAUGAUAAAGUUAAAGUUUACGAAGAUGAUGUUGACAAUGUGAGCCCGGAUGAGAAGCCAGAGGACAACCCAAGUCCGAACGAAGACUGUGUUAAGAUGUAUAUGUUGGUAGAUAAGACUGUAGUCUCAUCUGAUAAGGAGCCGAUUGUAUCUGCGCUGUAAAUAUUGAUACUUAGCGUGUUGUCACAGACAUAUAGACAGCUUUAAGCUUAUUGUAUGUAGAUAUUAUGUAGAAAUUGUGACAUGAAUGUAUACAUGUUAGUAAUAUGUACAUACAGGCCGAUGUUAUGUAUUGAUAAAUUGUAUAUAAGAAUUGUUACUGUGUAGAAUCAUUUAUCUAAUGUUCGCAAGAAACUAUAAUAGUGAUUAAUAAAUGUUGUAAAAAUAAUUGUAUUACGGCUUGUACAUAAAAUAAGUGUAAUAAAAAAAGUCAAAAUAGAUUAUAUUAUGGAAAACAUAAUACGCGUGUAAUAGUUUGGAACUAAAUAGUAUCGCAAUAGAAUACAUAUUGCAGUGUACCUAUACGUUCGAGCCGUCAAACAAAUAAUGGAAUGGUACAACUCAUGUUACAAGCGACCUACCUGUAACAUGAUUUUGACAAACGGAUACUAGGGGCCUGUUUCACAACGUCCGGAUAAGUUCCAAAUAAGCUAUUUAUUACUUAUUGGUAGGAUAAACUGUAUUUUUGCGUUUCACGACUGUCAGAUAGCGUGAAAUUUCUUCGAAAGUUUAAUCUUCCGAAUAAUUUAUGUGUUGCAUAGCUAUUUGGUACUUUAUCCAUACAUUGUGAAACAGGCCCUAAAUAUUGUAUAGUUACUACACACAUUACAUAUUGAGAAUCAUUGCUAACGUGCUAUAUAUAAUUUGUAUUAAUCUUUAUGUAUAAACAAAACAACCCUUUCCUUAUAAAACUAUAUUUAAAACACGUUUAUAAGUAAGGGGUUAAAUGAAGUGUUUACAUCAAUAUAGUUUCUAGGAACUUUGAGCCCAUUGGUGUAAAUACUUAUUAUUGAACUGUGUAUUUUUAUAGGUGUUACAUAGGAAAUGUCAAUGGAAAGUAAAUUGUGCAAUUCGAUGUUCAAAUUAAACUAUAAUUUUGUUCA